AUGCCCAUUCUCGGUUACAUCACAUCACAUGUAAUCUGUAAUAAUACCGUACUCCCAGAGUACUCGAUUGAAACCGACCUUUCGACGCGGUCCCAAUCCUGUUGGAUAGCGAGCGAGUCGAACCAGAAUUUUCAAGUCAGAUGCGACUGGACAGUUUGCUCGGCAUUCGACUGGUCCAUCCGCUUCCUCUGUGACGGUGUUCUCGUUGGCAACUUAUUGGCAAAGUCAAUAGAUUUACAACUGGUCUUCAAGGGAGCCAUCAGUGGGUCAAAGUCGCAUUCGCUUCUAUUUGCGGAUGUCAGGCUCACGGACAAAAGCACCGCUCAUCCCACAGGUCUCAGUCCAGCCCUUGGGACGAUCAAGGUCGAGUUCUGGCGCAUUCGGUCGGAUUGGAAGCCAAUGAGGGCAACGCAGCGAUCCAUCGUCAAAAUCCCUGAGGGAAAACAAACGCUUGGAUUUCACUGCACGCAAAUUGGCGCGACACCUCUGGAUACUAAAUAUACGUCGGUAAACGCUACAUAUCUAGAUAGGGAGUCAUUUGCCCAGUUUGUGUUUCGCUAUCGUCCCAAGGCUAUGCUUCAGGCCAUGGGACAUAUACCAGCUCCUUUGGUUGCACCGAGUCGUGGAGUAAAGCGCAAGCCUUCUAAAUCACCCGAGAGUGAUAGUUCAAGUGGCGCCUCUGAUGAGGAACAGGAAAUUGCUGCGAAGAUUGCAGCUCUUCAGCGGCAACUGAAAGGCGUACAGAAGCGCAAACGGGUCAAGGUGGAAGAAGCACCGAUCUUGAUACUUUCUGGUAGCCGAGGAACGAGCGAGAGGAGUCCUAUCGACCUGACGAAGGAUGACGAGGUGGUCGUAAUUGACUAA